AGCGAAUUCUAGUCGUGUUAUUUCUAUACGUAUUAUAUUGCUUUUCGCGUUCAUCUUUCUAUUCUGUCUACGUCGACAACUUUUAAAAAUAUUCUAAAUCGUGAAUUUUUUUGCAAUGUAUAUUUAAAACAUUUAAAGUUCUCUAAAUUUUAUUAUUUUAUACAUUGUAAUGUUGGCGCAGGUGUAUAAAUUAUAAACCAAAAUAUGAAAUUUAUUGCUCGAUCACUGCAGUUUUUAUUUGAAUUUAUUUGAUAUAAAAUAAUAUUAGUUCCUAUGAAGUCAACAGAAAAAGACGGACAGGAACUCGAAGAAAUUGGCGAUAUCCGAGUAGAUGAAGCACUUGCCCCAGACACACAACAUAAUUCUGAAAACAUGGAUGGAGACGCGAAAAAAACGCAAAUUUAUACAAGUAAUAACAGAUUAAGGCACGGUAAUGCGGGGUACCUCAAGUAUGUAAGCUUGGUUGUACUCACCAUACAGAAUGCUGCGCUUGGUCUCAGCAUGAGAUAUGCACGUACAAGGGAUGUAGUCAUGUUUUCAUCUGCAGCAGCUGUUUUCAUGGCAGAGAUUGUCAAAUUAUUAAUAUGCAUUUUACUUGUGAUGAAAGAAUCAGGAAAUGUAGUAAAAGGUUUCCAUACCAUGUAUGCAACUGUUGUAUUGAAUAUUAAAGAUACAUUGCGAGUUUGUGUGCCAUCAUUUUUAUAUGUAAUCCAGAAUAAUUUGCUCUAUGUUUCUGCUUCUAAUUUGGAUGCUGCUACAUAUCAGGUUACAUACCAGUUGAAAUUACUUACAACAGCAUUCUUUGCUGUGAUUGUUUUAAAAAGAAAACUGAAGAGAUGGCAGUGGUGCGCACUCGGGUUACUGGCGGGUGGAGUGGCGCUAGUGCAGCUGUCGUCAGCCGCGAAGGAAACAAAACCAACAGCUAAUGUGCAAGAUCAAUCUAAAGUGAUUGGGUUUAGCGCCGCCUUAGCAGCCUGCUUUAUAUCAGGAUUUGCUGGAAUUUACUUUGAAAAAGUGCUAAAAGAGUCUGAUAUAUCUGUUUGGAUGCGGAAUGUGCAGCUAAGUUUAUUAUCGUUGCCAUUUGCUGCAAUCACAUAUCUGAUAAAAGAUCCUGCAAAGGAUUUAUUAAAAGGAUUCGAUGGUUUCGUUUGGUAUUUAGUUAUAUUGCAAGCGGCUGGCGGUUUGAUCGUGGCCGUUGUGGUCAAAUAUGCAGAUAACAUACUGAAGGGUUUUGCAACAUCCGUCGCCAUUGUCAUAUCAUGUGUUGCCUCAAUGUAUAUAUUUGACUUCCAUUUGACUGUACAAUUUGCUUUAGGCACAGUAUUGGUGAUAGGCUCGAUAUUUUUGUAUGGAUAUGUUCCUAAAAAGAAAGAACCUCGUACAUCUUUAAGUGUAUGACAUUAUUUUUGUACCGAAAUCGUAUUAUUUUAUCGAUAUAUCUGUAAAUAUAGUUUUGUCAGCUAGUACUAAAUUGUACUUAAUUUUUUUCCAUUUUUUUAAUUUUAUAAUGAAUUAGAAUUACUAUAACACUGUUGAAUCUAACGAUUGCAGCUACGCUAGUUUCGAGAGCAAUAAUUUAUGUCCUUUUAUUAUUAUAAGAAAAACAAAGUUCUAGAGGAAGAGUGAAAAAAAUACCUACAAAUAUGAUUGGACCAGAACAUCUAGUAAUUCUAGUAUAUUCAGAUCCAACAAGACAUCUGCCAAUAUAAUUAAGAUAUUGGAAGUAAUAAUGAUAUUAUUUUUACAACGAAGUUUAUAAGGUACUGAUAUAUUUUAAAAUAUUUGUGUUUUAUUGUAAAUGUGAAUAAAAUCGACUUUUAUACAAUUUUUAAUUAUUAGUAUAGAAAUAUUGCCUUUAUUUUAAGAUACAUAAUAAUUCAAAAUAAAUUUUU